GUCUGGGUUAAGAGAGUCUGUUUAAUUUUUAGGACACCUCUGCAUCUGGCUUCGGCCAAUGGCCAUGCAGAUGUCGUCAGAUAUCUGCUAAGGAAGAACAGCCAGCCCAACCUCGCUGACAGCUUCAAGAGAACGGCCCUGAUGAAGGCAGUCCAGCAGGAGCAGGAAGAAUGUGUUGCUGUUCUGCUGGAACACGGUGCCGACCCCAAUCUGGCAGACGCUGACGGCAACACUGCCCUUCACCUGGCUGUCCUCUCUAAAAACACAGCUGUAGCAGGGCUGUUACUGGAGCAUCAUGCCAACAGUGAUGCUCAGAACCAGUGGGGAUUUACCCCCUUCAAACUUGCAGCCUUGCAAGAGCACGAGGAGAUUCUGGAGUGCCUUGUGAACAAAGCAGCUGACAGGCCUGCUCAAGCCCAGGGGGAAAGGACUGCUCUUGUGGUUCCUGGAAGCCAUGAGGCUCACCUGGAGGAAGAUAAUCUGCGCUUGCAGGAGGAGCUGGACAGGGCUGGCGCGGAGCUGAGGGAGGAGGAAGAAAAGCAUCUUCAGUCUGAGCAUUGUGUUCCUGACUUGAAGACUGCUUUGGAUGCCAAGAAAAGAGAGGCAGUAACUUCUUCCCAGGAACUGCAGGACCUCCUGUUGGCAUCUUGUGAGACCAAUCCGACUGUGAACCAACUGGAAGAAGACGCGCAAGACUUUGCAAGUGAAAAGAGCAGAUUGGAAGGCACUGUCCAGCAGCCAAGCGAUGGCGUUGAAGCCCUUCCGAGAGCCCUGCAAGCCUCUGCCUCAGGUGGUGAACUUUCCCAGCAGCUGGACAUGGAGCCUGGAACAGGCAUGCAGCUCGAGGCCCUAAACCAGGCUUUGCAAGAAGAGCUGUCCACUCUGCUUGGGAAGUGUGAACAACUGGAGAAGAGCAAAUGUCAGCUGCAAGAAGAGGUGACAAAACACCACCACCAUUUGGAGACUUUGGUGCUGGAUGGCAGCCAAAGAGAACAAUGUACAAGAGAGGUGGCAGAAGGAGCUGACCAGGAAAGAAGUGCAAAGCUACAAGAGGUCAGCCUCGUUUUGCAAGCACAGGCAGCCCACCAGGCCCCACUAGGACAAACUGGAGACAGUCAUUGUGAUUCCAUGAGAAUCCAGUUGGAAGAAAGAAUUAGAAAUCUGGAAAGUGAAUUGGAGAGGAUCAAAACCAACCAAGAAGAGAGUGCUUCUCGUAAAGAAGCAACACAGGGAGAGAUGGAAAGGUACAAAGAGCUGUAUGUGGAGGAAGUUAAAACCAGAAGAUGCCUUGCCAAGAAACUGGAAAGGCUGGAAAAGCUUCUGAGGAUAGAGAGGAGGAAACUCCGGGUUAAUGAAGAGAAAGGAAGUCAGUCCCAGCUGGAAGAAAUGAAGAAGAGAUAUUCUGAAAAGGUCAAGGAAGUUGAUAGAUUCCAAAGAGAGGUGAGCUGCGCUCUGGGUGGGGCUCUUUGGUUGUGGUGUUCCUUCUUUUGA